AUGUGUGUAUUGACCAAUUGGACAUUUAGGCAAGCACCGAUUCAACAACACCAUCACCACCCAGCCACAUCACUAGGAGCUGUAACAUGGUAUAAUUCAGUUCCUCAUGAACCAGCACAUCAAAUCCAUGUUGACUUGCUAUACAACAACCUCAUUCCAAAUCCAUUCAUGGACAAAAAUGAGUUGAAUGUCAGCUGGGUCAGUGAGUUGACGUGGGAGUACCGAUGUUUGUUUGAUGCACUAGAUACACAUGAGAAUGAAGAUCAACUGGAGUUUGCGUACCUUUUGCUUGAUCAAUUGGACACUGACGCGGAAGUUGAGCUCAAUGAUAAAGUGGUUUUACAAAGUACUAAUGCGUUUCAAAAGCAUAGAAUUAGUGUCAAUUUAUCACUGCACAAUGAGUUGAAAGUGAGGUUGAAAUCUGGGAUGGAAUUGGGUAAGAAAUUAGAAUCCAAAUAUGGUGCACAUGAGUGUUGGAAUGGUGAUUGCAGUCGGGUUUAUGUUCGUAAACCACAGUUCCAGUACGGUUGGGAUUGGGGACCCAGGUUGAUUACGUGUGGGUUCAAUGAGAUUGUGUUGGUGACUAGUAACUACAUUGAGGAUUUGUAUAUCCGAUACGAGUUGAAUGAGAAAUUGAAUGUUGCUUAUGUGUGGUUUGAAGUUGAAAGUAUAUUGUUAGCGCCGGUUGUGCAAGCUAGAAUUGAGAUUGAGCUCAAUGAGAAGACUAUUGGCGUGGUUGAAGUUAAUCGAGUUAGGUCAAGAAUGAAUAUCAGUCACGUUUUGGAGAAUAUCCAGUUAUGGUCUCCCUUCAGGCACGGUGAGCCCACCUUGUACAGUAUCAAGGUAUUCUUUGAUGAUGAGCUAAUGAUUAGUAAAACUGUUGGGUUCAGGAAAGUUGAACUCAUAACUGAGUCAGACACUACGGGAAGUUCAUUUUAUUUCAAGGUUAACAACAAACCUAUACAAAUGCUUGGGUCGAAUUGGAUACCACCGCAUUCAUUUACGUCCAAAGUUACUCAACAAGAUUACGAAACAUACAUUGGCUAUGUCGUUGAUUCAAACCAAAAUAUGAUUCGGGUCUGGGGAGGUGGGCAAUACGAAAAGGAUAUAUUUUACCAAUUGUGCGAUGCCAGAGGUAUAUUGGUAUGGCAGGAUUUCAUGUUUGCGUGUGGUAUAUACCCCAAUGAACCCUUCGCAAAUCUGAUAAAACCCGAAGUUGAAUAUCAAGUCAAAAGAUUACGUAACUUUGCCAGUGUUGUUAUCUAUGCUGGAAAUAAUGAAGAUUAUCAAAUUGCCGACGCAUUAAACUUGGAUACAAACAAUAGUAGUCAAUUUCCAGCAAAAUAUAUCUACGAAGAUGUAAUUCCUCAGGUGUUGGACAACUUGACCAGUAGGAAACAAGUGGCAUAUCGGUUCGGAUCACCUUAUUCGGAUAGCCUUCAUAGUUCUUAUGAUUUGAGAUUUGGUGAUUCACAUCAGUGGGAUGUUUGGCAUGGCCGUGAGUUGCCGUACCAGUCUUGGCGCCAAUUAUCCGCUCGAUUUAUUAGUGAGUUUGGCAUGUUGGCCCUACCUUCGUACUCCACUUUCCACAAGUACAUCACCAAUGUGAGUGAAUUAUACCCUGAUCUGGAAAUGAUUGACUUUCACACCAGAGCCGCAAACAAGGAGAAUUUGCAUCAUUACGUAUGGUCCAAUCUCAACAAGCCGAAGGAGCUUGAUUUGCAAAAUUGGAUAUAUCUAACACAAUUGAUGCAACUGGAGGCUGUGUCUUUUGCAUUUAGGUAUUGGAGGCGAAAAUGGGAUCAAUUUCAAGUUGGCGGUGUCUUGGUUUGGCAAUUGAAUGAUUGUUGGCCCAGUGUGUCAUGGUCAGUGAUUGGUUUUGACCAAGUGCCCAAAUUGAGCUAUUAUGGGAUGAAGCGAGAGUUGAGUGAGGUUAGUGUUGCUGGAUAUAGGAGUGUGGUAGGAGGGGGAGUUGGCGAUGGGGCUGCAGUUGCAGUUGCAGUUGCUGGUCAACUGGUGCUUCAAGAGCCAGAGGUGUUGCUUGAUGUGUGGGGAUUUGGCGGCGGCAAGGGCUUGACAUUGAGUGUUCAACUUUACAAUGUAGAUGGGGUACUUGUUGAUGAGAUUGAACAGCGCGAUGUUGCAUUUGAAGAAAACCACGUGAAUGCUAUUUUGACGGGUGCAACGUUUGUUCACUUGAAAGUGGAUACAAUAGUAUAUCUAAGAUUGUUGAAGGAGGAUGUGACUCUAGCUAGGUCUUCAGAUUGGCCACAACCGUUAAAGAAUUUGAAUUGGGAGAAGUUGACGUCUGAUUUGCAGAUUGAGUUACGAUACCUCGGUUUAGGCGAAUAUCGAGCAUCAACAAAUAAGCCAGUAAAGGGACUUCAAUUGUAUUUUGAUACAGUUGAAACUGACUACACUUUCAGCGAUAACGGCAUUGAUUUGUUUCCUGGUGAUCCGCAGAUUUUGGAGGUGGUAAACUUGCAAGAAGAGGAUGUGGAAAAAGUGAAAUAUAGAUAUCUACACUAUUGA